UAGGCUAUACUUUAUACUCUUCCUUGGCUGCCAUCUAAGCGUCACAUCAUCACCUCCUCCAUCUCCCAACCUAUUCUAUCCCACAAUUCAUACUGAUCUAGUUCAAACUCACUAUACCUCUUACAGAUAAAGCCUUCUUCGGAAAAAUCCUUUCAAGAUUAAGAUCCGCUCCCCAAUCAAAAUAAUUAAUCCUCAAUGCACCCAAUUGUUAAAGCCCUAAUUAUGUUAUAUGUAUAACAUUAUUUUAAAAACUAUAUGUAUUACUUGCUAUUUUCAUGAUUUUUCUUGAAAUAAAAUCAUGCCAAAACAAAUCAAGGGUUUGACCUAAAAAAGGGGAACUAAAAGAAAAAUAAAAUAAAAUAAAAAAUAAAAAAAAAGUGAAAUUGGGCAUGGGUUUGUACUUCGCAAGUAUUGUAACCCUCUUCUCUUAAUAAAUAUCUCCCCCAACCCCUUCCGCCUCUCUCUCCGUUUUCCGAUUAAUAAUAAUCACCGGAGACUCGCCUGAUCUCCGAUUCAACUCAGACUUGGUUUAUGAGCUCGAAGGAGAAGCCCACUCUAGGUGGUCAGCGGAUCAAGACCCGCAAACGGAACAUUGCAGCUCCUUUGGACCCUUCAGCAUUUGCAGAUGCAGUGAUCCAAAUUUAUUUGGAUAACGAUGGUGAUCUGGAGCUAAUCGCUAAGUGCAUCGAAUCUUCAGACCUUAACUUCAGCCGAUAUGGUGACACCUUUUUCGAGGUUCUCUUCACCGGAGGGCGUACGCAACCUGGAACAACGAAGCCCGAUGAGGGAGAGCGUCACACAUACUCUAUACUAGACUGUGAAGCCAAACGUGAACUGAUUUUACCGUCUGUGAUCUACAUACAGAAGAUACUGAGGCGAAGGCCUUUUCUCAUCAAGAAUCUCGAAAAUGUUAUGCGAAGAUUCCUUCAGUCCCUUGAGUUUUUCGAGGAAAACGAAAGAAUUAAGCUGGCGAUUUUCACCGCACUCGCCUUUUCCCAGAAGCUGUCUGGUCUGCCACCAGAGACCGUCUUCCAGCCGCUUCUUAAGGAUAACUUAGUCGGAAAAGGGCUCGUUCUUACUUUUAUAACUGAUUUCUUCAAGGAAUAUCUCAUCGAUAACAGCCUUGAUGAUCUUAUCUCCAUCUUGAAACGUGGAAAAAUGGAAGACAAUUUACUUGAUUUCUUUCCGUCUGGAAAACGAUCCGCUGAAGCUUUCUCUGAGCAUUUCACCAAAGCAGGGUUGGUGCCGUUGGUUGAAUAUAACGACAAGAAGAUCUUUGAGGUGAAAGUGAAGGAAAUGAAAUCAGCGUUAACAACUCAGAUAUCCGAAGAAACUGAUAUUUCGGAAGUGAUAGAGACGGUGAAACAACAUGUUAAAGAUGCUAAAUUGCCUGACAUCGAGGUCGUGAGAAUCCUUUGGGAUGUUUUGAUGGAUGCUGUUCAAUGGUCGGGGAAAAACCAACAACAAAACGCUAAUUUGGCUCUUCGUCAGGUGAAAACAUGGGCGAAGCUAUUGAACACGUUUUGCACAAGCGGAAAGCUUGAGCUCGAACUGCUUUACAAAGUUCAAGUUCAGUGUUACGAAGAUACGAAGCUAAUGAAGUUGUUCCCUGAAGUUGUGAGGUCUCUUUAUGACCAAGACGUUCUUGCUGAAGACACGAUACUUCAUUGGUUCGCUAAAGGAACCAACCCGAAAGGAAGGCAAAGCUUUGUGAAGGCGUUGGAGCCGUUUGUGAAGUGGCUGGAAGAGGCAGAAGAGGAGGAAUAGAUCUUCUCUUUAAUUCGAGUGCUUAAACUUUGAAAUUUUCUGUUAACUUUUAACCUUGUUUUAACUGCUGUUAUUUGUCACAAAUUUUAUGUUGCUGGAUUGAAUUUAAUAAUCUGUGUUUUUAAGUUUGACGACU